AUGUCUUCAUGGUGUAGUUCAAAAAAAAAACCGAAUCAGAUAUCGAGGUGGGUAAAAAGUGCGAUACUUUUCAGAAUCGCAUCAACAUCGAUACAUGGCUUCUUCUAUUGUUCGUGGCAUCAUAUCACUUUUACACGAAUCUGGUAUAUUCGCCUUCAUACAACCAAAGCGCCAUGUUUUUUGUCGUUUUUAUUGAUCACGAUUGAAGGUACCUACGCUGUUGCAAGAAGUGUCUCUCUUUUCUUGGAAAUUGUACGUCUUCUUGGAUUGCCGGUGUUGUGCUGAAAAUGAAUGCAACUGCGCUGCAUUCUUCACCAAUUUCACUUUUUCGAGUGAUUCUCGGCAUUAAAAACGCUGUUGUGAAAUGUAAUGUAGAUGACUGACAAGAAGUAUCUCUUUUCUGGGAAUUGUGCGUCUUCUUGGAUUGAUGGCGUUGUGCAGAAAAUGAAUGCAACUGCGCUGCAUUCUUCGCCAAUUUUUUCACUUUGUCGAGUGUGAGUGAUUCUUGGUAUUAUAAACGCUGUUGUGAAAUGUAAUGUAGAUGACUGCCUGACAGUAGCAGGCCUGCACCAAGGAAGAAGGUCGCAAAUGAGGUGUGGAGAUCCAUGCAUGGUGAAUGGGCACCGCCGAAGGACACUGCGGAGCUGUAUGGGACAACUAAGGAGGCGCUUCAAUACUGGCGGCAGCAGAAGAGGGAACGCGGCCAACCAUAUGGUUGGCCGACAUGGAAGGCGUCGGGUAUGGACAAGCACUUUUCGCACGAGGAGCAUUGGCAAGGGAGGCCGAGGUGGUGGGUGCAGCGGGAGCGACAUGGGCUGACGUGGACGCAGUAUAGGGAGAAGUUUUGCAGUGGAGGCUUCGCAGGGAGGCAAGCGAAGAGUGGCGAGGCGGUGACGAGCGGGGAUGAAGAUGAGGAUAAUGAGGAGGAGCUACGAGUGGCAGCGCGAUACGUAGUCCCGGGCUUUGCCAGUAUGGGCCCUGAAGAAGCUAACGAUGCGACUCGGGCGAUGAAACGAAAGCACGGAAGGGGCGGGCUCGAGAAGGAGAUGGUGAGGGC